ACUUCCUCCUGCCACCCACUACGACUGACGGCUCUACGUUCCCUCUCGUGGCCAAGAUGCAUUGCACAACGGCACCGUACCAUUCCAUCCACAAGCACAAGCAUAGAUUGUGGCAUCGAGGCUACUGAAGACCGUGUUACACAGCUCAUAAGCGCUUGCCACAUUAUGUUUCAACCUCCAGCGCCAACCCGGUGUUCGUCUUCCGUGUCAGAGAACAAUGAAAACAUGUUAUAAACCUGCUCCAGGUCGUAAUUUUCUCGUCUCCGCUACUAGCCAAUACACGUCGUUUUGUGUCGCUUUUUUUCCAGUUGUGUUCAGGUCGUCAUGAGGAGAAACAAUCGACGCUAGUCGACGCUCGCGACGCUCUUACGAUCAAUUGGAUUUCUUCACAUCCCGGAUCAUCUCAGCUUAUUGGAGUUGUUGUCAGAUGUCCUUCGGAUCGUGGUUUCCGCGAUCUCAACGUCUCGGACAACCGCUGUAUCGUCAUCCUGAUUUGUCUUGGAUUAUGGUCGUUUCGACUAAACAAUUUGCGAGCACAGGUCUCCGGCCACCACAACCCGUUGGAUAUGAAGCGCUCUGAAAGGUAUAAGUUUGCAUGGGUUCCUGUUUUACAAAAAAGCCCACCAAUACUCCCCGGAUCCCCACUCCCCACAGGGCCUAUCCACUAAUUUACCCCCGUUCUCAACUUCACGAGUAUGAGGACCAACUGGAACAUCCGGUUUUACGGUCUGCUGCUGACAGUCGCCUCUAUCACUGGGCGCAUUGCGUGCCAGGACUUGAAAAGUGAUCUCACAGGCGCUGGUUUGACAGCACUGUUCCCGGGAGAUUCAGGAUAUCAGGACGCAAGCAAGGCUUACAACCUUCGAUUCAAUGUUUCCCCAGCUGCCGUCGUCUAUCCCGAGAGCGCGCAGCAGGUCGCUGCCGCCAUUCAGGCGGGAGCGUCAACGCAUACGCAGGUGGUCGCGCGCAGUGGUGGGCACAGCUACAUCGCAAAUGGCGUCGGAGGGAAGAACGGCGCCCUGGUGAUUGACCUUAGCAAGCUCAAGAAUAUCACUGUCGAUAACAACGCUGGCACGGCAGUUAUUCAGACUGGUAACAGGCUCGGGGAUGUCGCUCAAGCUCUGAAUGACCAAGGCCGGGCACUUCCUCAUGGGACGUGCCCAUAUGUUGGUGUCGGAGGUCAUGCAUCCUUUGGCGGAUUUGGCUUUGCUUCACGCAUGUGGGGUCUUACCAUCGACCACAUCAUUUCUGCCGAGGUUGUUCUCGCCAAUGGUACAAUUGUCACUGCAUCGAAUACGACGAAUUCGGAUCUCUUCUGGGCUAUGCGUGGCGCAGGUUCUUCUUUCGGGAUCACCACUGCCUUCACCUUCGCCACUGAGCCAGUUCCUUCGUCCGCGCUGGUAUUCUCGUACAGCUGGAACGCCGUCAACGCCACUGCUCUCGCGCACAUUAUCUCGGCCUACCAGUCCUUCGUCCAAACCGAUAUUCCCGCUACAUUUGAUGCAGAGCUCACUCUAGGCAAGGGAGGGUCUUCAAAUACUGCCAGUGUCGAGUUUGUCGGUGGAUGGUAUGGCAAGCCGGCGGAUUUGAACAGCACAGUGAAGCCCUUCCUCGACCAGAUUCCUCAAAAGCCCACGGUAAGCAUUACCGGCGGGACAUGGUUGGAGAGCUUGGAGAGCCUGGCGGGAAGCGACACCUUGAGCACCAGCGCUCCUGAUGAGACGGAUACAUUCUACGCCAAGUCUCUGAUGACGCCCGAAAACUCUCCAAUGAGCGCUGCCGCUAUCAACGCAUUUGCAUCGUACCUGACGCACCAAGGCUAUACUUCUAACACGAACUGGUUCACGCAAAUUGAACUGUACGGCGGCCCCAACUCGGCGAUCAACGCCGUCCCCCUCGACGCUACAUCGUUCGCGAGCAGAUCGACGCUCUUCACGAUCCAGUUCUACGCUUCGUCAUCUAACUACAGUCCGCCCUAUCCCAAUGUGGGCUUCUCAUUCCUGGAUGCCAUGGUCGCAAGUAUUGUCGACAAUAGCCCAUCUGAUUGGGCGUAUGGUGCUUACACCAAUUAUAUCGAGGACAAGUUAAACAACUCGCAAGCUUUAUACUAUGGCUCGCACUACGAGCGGCUGCAGUCCAUCAAGAAAGAGGUUGACCCCAACAAUGUCUUCAACUUCCUUACUUCUAUCGCUGAGCCUCAGUGAUCACAGUCAUGGCAUCACAACUACGCUCUGCCAUUGACGCCCGUUUUCAUUUUAAUAUUCCCCCUAGUCUAAGACUCCUGACGAACAAUGGCCUCUAAUAGGUUUUCAGUAUAUCAUACUAGUCGCCGCCCUACAUUCGUUUCAAGAUCGCUAUUACGAUUAGCUUCUGGUGAGCCGACCGCUGCAAGAGGCUUUCGAGAAAUCGCCCCCGACCAUGAUCUCAAAUUUGGAAUUUCGACACCUUGAGUCCAGGUUAUAUGCACCCCAGGGGGGUAACUGCUCGAUCCCAAACAGGCUCUCGAUUGAGAUCUAUCUUGCUCUUAAUGAUGCCUCGAUUAUGGAAGUUCUAACAAGGCCUUCACGAGGGAGUCGGUAUGCUACGUGACUGCUACGUGUUAAUACUCGCACGACGCUCUAACACCGACAAAGGGACCCGUUGGCUGU